AGCUGCCCUCAUCGCUCCUGAACUGAACAAAACCUCAAAUGCAACUACCAACUCCGCCAUAAUCUUCAUGGUCGAGUUCGAUAACGGAAACAAGGAAUCUGGGAUUCGAUAUGACAACGUCAACUUCACCGUCGGUGUUUUUCUUGAUCGGAAUAUCACCAGCCCGAUUGGGAGCUCCAUCAUUGCCGGGUUCUAUCAGGGGCGCAAGAAGAACGCGAAGAAGUGGAGCUCCGUUGAAACACAUUCCGGGGCACUUAACGGGACGGCGAAGGUGGACGGGAAAACAUACUUCCGGGUGAAUUUCACGACGUCGGUGAAGUACAAAAUCAUGUUCUUUUACACCGCGCGACACAGAUUAUGGGGAGGAGCUAAUGUCGCCGUUAAUGAUGCCGGCUUGAAAGAUGAGAAAGAUGAUAUCAGACUUGGACACUCUCUUCAAGUGAUCGAGUCCGGCGCAACCCCGCUCACUACCGGAUGCUAUUAUAUGCUUCUGGUUUUGGGUCUUGUUGCCCGUUUUGUACUUCCAGGUUUGUCUCUCUAAGCAUUGGUGUUUUUUGUUUUUCUUGUUUUUUUAUUUUUUUUUGGUAUGAACAUUUCGAGCUAAUUAUCAUGCGUGCUAGGACAUCUCACAUAAGGUUGUAUUUGGAU